GGCUGGCUGUUUUUAUUAACGGAUUAUUUUGCAUUAAAUCGAGUAUAAAUGCAUUUACGGUAUUUCAGUGUAGCCAUUUAAUAUUCCGUUCUAUGCUCGUAAGACUCAACAUAGCCUAUGUCCUGGCUGGCAACGCACGAGACAACUAAAACCUCACCGUGGCAAAAUGAUGGCCACACACUUCUUCAAGCAUCAGCAAGCCAAGGAGCUUCUACACAACAAGUUUGUGGUGAUUCUGGGGGAUUCAAACCAGCGAGGAAUGUACAAAGACCUCGUGCAGAUGUUGCAGAGAGAUGACUACCUAACCCGCCCUCAGCUAAAGAGCAAGGGGGAAGAGGUAUUUGAGAACGAUAGAUUACUAGACGGAGGCAUGCGAGGUAAAAUGACAAAUGGGACGGAGUACAGGGAGGUGAGGCAGUACUCCUCGGACCACCACUGGGUCCGGUUCUAUUUCACGACCCGCGUCUAUUCCGAGUACGUGGGGGAGAUCCUGGAAGAGCUGAACAAUGAUCCAAAACCAGACCUGGUCAUCGUCAACUCCUGUGUGUGGGACGUCAGCAGAUAUGGGCGGAAGUGGAGGGAUGGCUACCUACAGAACCUCUCCACCUUUUUCGAAAAGCUGAAAGCAAUUCUUCCAGAAGAGUCUCUCAUCAUCUGGAAUAUGGCCCUGCCUCUGAGCAAAUCCAUCGUUGGCGGUUUCCUGGUACCUGAGAUUGCAGAGUUCGGGCCCAUGUUGCGUUUCGACAUUGUCGAAGCCAACUACUGGAGUGCCACAGUGGCCAGUGCCUAUGGACUGGAUGUGCUGGACCUUCACUUCCACUUCCGCCGCAGUCUCCAGCUCCGCGCCCAGGACGGCGUCCACUGGAACGGCGUAGCUCACCGCCACAUCACCUGCCUGCUCCUGGCCCACGCCGCGCAGGCCUGGGGCGUGGAGAUGCCACCAUCGCUGCUGCCCACAGGUCUGAAUCAGAGUUGUGCCAACACCAACUUGGCCCUCAGGGACCCUCGCUUGCUAACCAGGAAGGCCAAGAACAAAGGCCCUCCAUGGCAGCAGCGACAAAGAUGGGUCAACUUCCACCAAGGACCAGCUCCCCCCUGGAUGGCUCCAAGCUUCUACCCAGAAAAUUCUGGAAAUGGAAACGUGCCCUUUGCCAAUGGUCCUUACCCCUCACCACAUACAAACCCUGGCUUCAGAAUGCCGAACACUCCAAGAGCAAAUUCUGGAAACGUGCACUUUGGCAAUGGGCCUUAUCCACACACACACCCUGGCAUCAGACCACAAAUUGCUCCUAGAGUUCCUCCAGAAAAUUCUGGAACUGGAAACGUGUACUUUGGAAAUGGUCCUUACCCCUCACCACAUACAAACCCUGGCUUCAGACCACCAAAUGCUCCAAGAGUUCCUCCAGCAAAUUCUGGAAAUGGAAAUGUGCACUUUGCCAAUGGGCCUUACCCCUCACCACAUACUAACCCUGGCUUCAGAACGCCAAACCCUCCAAGAGUUCCUCCAGAAAAUUCUGGAACUGGAGACGUGUACUUUGGAAAUGGGCCUUACCCCUCACCACAUACAAACCCUGGCUUCAGAACGCCGAACACUCCAAGAGUUCCUCCAGAACAUUCUGGAAAUGGAAACAUGCACUUUGGCAAUGGGCCUUAUCCACACACAAACCCUGGCUUCAGAACUCCGAACACUCCAAGAGUUCCUCUAGCAAAUUCUGGACAUGGAAACGUGCACUUUGGCAAUGGGCCUUACCCCUCACCACAUGCUAACCCUGGCUUCAGACCACCGAACACUCCAAUUGAAAAUUCUGUAAAUGGAAACGUGCACUUUGGCAAUGAUCCUUACCCCCAGCCACACACAAACCCUGGCUUCAGAAUGCCGAACACUCCAAAAGACAAAUCUGGAAACAGAUGCACGCCCUCGCACCCACAACUGAACGUCCCAAGAGAACAACCCGGAAACGGAUUCAUGCACCCAUUGGCCUCACACCCACAGAUGGACUGUCCAAGAGUUCCACCAGAACAAUCUGAAUCAACUGGAUACAUGGCCUGUGGCAACGGAUUCUACCCAAGCAGCCAAACAAACUCACCAAGAGAACAAUUUGAAUCUAAUGGAAACAUGCCCUGUGGCAACAGAUUUUACACAAACGGACCGACAAACUCUCCACGAGUUUCACCACAACAGUCUGUAUCUCAUGGAUUUUUCCAUGGACCACACGGACCGAAAAACCUGCCAGCAGUUCGACCAGAACAGUCUGGACCCCAUGGCUUCUACCCAAACGGACAGACAAACUCAUCAAGAGUUUUACCAGAACAGUUUGGAUCUAAUAGCAAUCCAUGCUGCAAUGGAUUCUACUCAAACGGGCCGACAAAUUUACCAAGAGUUCCACCGGAAAAAUCUGGAUCUAAUGCACACAUGGACUGCGGCAACAGGUUUUACCCAAACGGACCAACAAACUCACCAAGAGACCAGUGCAACAACUCCUCCAAGACACUUUUCAAACACCUACUCAAUUUUUGCGCAAAAGUCCAAGAUUUCCCCAAGAGCUCUGUUCUACCUCAAGUUGGGCAGUGUCAUGCCCAAGGCUUCAACAGUUACCCUCAACGCCACAGUCUUUGUGACAACUCGGCAUUUGUGAUGAGGAAGGUACCGGGACAUCUGACUCACUACAGGCCAUACUGAAUCUUUUCUUCAGCAAGGUGCACACCCCCCGGACGAGUCCAUAUAUGCUAUUGUGACAUUUGUUGUUCCUUUUAUGCAGUUUUGUUAAUAAAUGUGUUUUUUAUUUAUUAAAGUGUGAUAUCAA